UAAAUAUUGAGGUAUAGUUAGAAAUAAUAAGUAUUUAAAAGAAAUGUUGGUAAUACUGAAUAGAACUAGUAACUAAUAACAUAACAUUAAAAAACAUAUUUUAUAAUUUACCAUAAAAAUAUAUGAUAAACUAUUUAUUAAUGUUUUACUUACGUCGUCAGUAGGAUCUACUGUGAUAGCAUUCCAUGGGUACCAACUACUAAUCUAUGUGAAAUAAUCCUAAAAAUAAUUGCUAAAAUAAGUGCAGUGAUAUUGUAUUAUUUUAAUACAAAUAAAAUAAAAAUACAGAGUUGAAAAUAUCUAAUUUUUGGUUUAAUGUUCGUCUAUUUUAAUUAUUAUUCACACAUGCUGAAUUAUUGAAACCGUUGAUUUGAAAGGAAACAUAAACAAAGCUAAGACGUAAACACAGUUAAGACUGUUCUAAAAAUAUUUAUACAAUUUGUAUUCUGUAUAAAAUAUUCGUAUUAAAAUAUUCCGCUAAUUCUGUGAUAUGGCAAAACAUCAUCCUGAUUUAAUUUUUUGCAGAAAACAACCAGGAGUUGCAAUAGGGAGAUUAUGUGAAAAAUGUGAUGGUAAAUGUGUAAUUUGUGAUUCCUAUGUAAGGCCUUGUACUCUGGUUAGAAUUUGUGAUGAAUGCAAUUACGGAUCUUACCAGGGUCGAUGUGUUAUCUGUGGUGGACCUGGUGUAUCUGAUGCUUACUAUUGCAAGGAAUGCACGAUUCAGGAGAAAGAUAGAGAUGGUUGUCCAAAGAUUGUAAAUCUUGGAAGUUCCAAAACUGAUCUAUUUUACGAAAGGAAAAAAUAUGGAUUCAAGAGAAGAUAAGAAUUGCUAAUAAAAAAUUUUAAUAUGUACAAAAUAUUUCUAGUAUUAUAUGUAGUAUUAUAAAUAAAGUAGUAUUAUAAAUAAA